AUGAAAAAAAGUAUAGCAUCAGUAUAGCAGGCGGAACCAGGGCGGAACAGAGACAUAGUUUGAGGUGACACGGUAGGUGGCGCUGGUAGUCUUGACUCCGCCCUGAGGACCAGAGAAGAAGACAGCAGAUAGGCGCUGAGUAGCACGUUAGUUGGGGGCUAGUAGUUGAAGCUGGUCUGUCUUCCAUUUCAGUCAAGCAGCCUGUUGUCAGCGUUUUAAUAUUUGCAAAAUGAACGGGAUGGACGAGGAACCAAUGGCCCCACAGACCUUCCUUUACGGGUGUGUCCUGGAAGCUGGAAAGGAGGUCGUGUUCAACCCUGAGGACGAUGACUUUGAGCAUCAGCUUGAUCUGAGGAUGGCCUGUGUGGACCCAAGCACAAAAGACGAACUUCACACGGUGGAGGUGGAAGGACAAGACACAGAGGGGCAGAAGAUCAAAGCGGUGCUGGUUUCACUGAAGCCCUCCACCCUGCCAAGUGUGUGUCUCGGCGGUUUCACAAUUACACCCCCGGCAAUUUUCCGUCUCAGGGCAGGUUCUGGUCCAGUCCACCUCAGCGGACAGCACCUCAUCAUGAUGGAAGCUGAUCAGUGUUUUGAUGAAGAGGAAGAAGAGGAGGAAGAAGAGGAGGAGGAAGACGUUAAGAAUUCAAAGAAAAGACCUGCCACCUCCCCUGCCCUCAAGUCCCUGAAAAAAAUGAAAAUGGAAAUGGAGGAGGAUGAUGACGAUGAGGACACGGAUGAUGAGGAUGAUGAAGAUGAUGAGGAUGAUGAAGAUGAGGAGGAACCGUCACCUGCGAAGGCAAAGACAACACCGUCCAAAAAGAAACCUGCUCAGAAUGGAAAGAGCCCCAAACCAGGCCCUACACCCAAAAAGCAGGAAAAGACCCCUAAAGGCAAGGGUGCUAAGUCACCUAAAACCCCUCCAACACCCAAAGCCCCCCUGACAAUUCCUGAGAUGAAAGCCAAGUUGAUGGAAACAGUGAAGAAGGGGGUGACAUUACCUAAAGUCCAGAUCAAGUUUGAGAACUUUGUGAAGAAUAGUUACCACGUUGCUGAGCCCAAGGACAUCGCUGAGCUCUGGAAGUGGAGGCAGGAGGUGAAGGAAGCUAAAUAAUAUUCUUUGUAAUUUUAUUAUCUCCUUUUUAUGACUCGUCUGUACCCAUAACACCUUCCCAGCCCUCCUGACGCUACACCCUGUGCCUCACACUCAUCUAAGUUUAAUCCAGCUCCCCCUGUCCCAUGUAUGAUAAGACCGGAUAGGUGGUGAUGUUUGAGUAGACGGUACUCAGUGGUGUGCCGUCUUUCCUCCUCCAUCACCUUCUCAUAUUGGCAGAUAAAUAACUUGGUUUGUUGAAUAAACUUACAAAUUUGCAUCUUUGUAAAUGUGUAAAUAAAACUCUCGCUAAGAUUAUUGGCACCCAAGUAUGGAGGAUAUCUUUGUUUUUUUAUAUAAAUUUAAAGUAACGUUUGAUUUGGUGUCAGACAGGAACAACAUUCAAACCAUUCUAUAUUCUUGGUACUCACAAGUAAGAAGCUGAAGAAAUUUUAACCUCAAAUCCAUUUUCCAGAUCAAGUAGCGAUCCCAUUUUUUGGUGGUGAAUUGGGGUAGAACUUUGAUAACCAUAUUAAAAAGUUGCACUUUCUGAAAUGUUGUGAAUGUUGAUGCUAUUGUGAGAUUUCUGUUUUAGAGUUCCCACCACAACAAUCUGUCAUCUUGGGUUUAGUUUUGGCAGCAUUCAAAUUUCUUGUUAAUUUUUGGUUCACCGUCCACUGCAAAUGUAUUUUCUUCUAAAGCAGCCUAUGCAUUUAUGCAGUCAGUGGCAGUAGUGGAGAAAUGAUCUGUAAUGUAUUUCCAAUUUUUAGGACUACUUAGUCAGUAGUCUUAAUGUUGUGUACUUGUACUGUGAUGACUGAAUGCAGGAGGGAAUUUUGCUUUAUCCUUCCAAACCAGAGUUUUAAGGUGUUUUUACAGUCAAAAUGUCCCACUGUUCUACAAUUCAACAAACCACAAAUUCUGUACUUGUUCAGCAAGUUAAAGGAAUAUUAAAGAUAUAAAUGAUUCAUGAGGACCGAAAACAAUCAUUCCAUGUUCUCAUGAAACAAGAAUUCAAUUGUAAGACUCUGAGAAUGGUGAAAUAAAAUUAAAUGAAUUAACGUUG